GUGAGCUGUGCAUCUCCAUCGCAUCUUGGUUCAAAGGCCUAACGCCAGUUGUGCUACGCAAUCAGCUCAUGGAAAAGGUUUUGGACCGGGACAGUGAGGGUGAGAUCUCUUGUUUCUACCUUUUUGUGUAUCACUUCGUCACUGCGAUGCCAGAGGACGACAAGGACCAGAAUGGUGGUGCUUGGAGCAGGGUACCCACUUGGGAUGGAAGUCCACAAACGUGGAGAACAUUCAAGCGGGAGAUGACGUGGUGGACUUCGGCUUUGGAUUUGCAGUCCACCUUGAAAUACAACUUGGCAGCAAGAUGGUUAUUGCGCCAAAGUGGAAUCGUCAGGCAGAGGGGUGAAGAGUUUCUACCCGAAGAACUGGAGGCCCAGCAAGAAGUAACAGGCACAGACCCGGAGACUCAGGAGAAGGUGGUAUUGACACCAGCCGACCCCUUGAAGGGGUUGAACAAGUUGAUAACAGCCUUAGAGGGCAUGAAUGGUCGCACCACCUUGGACAAGAAGGGCGAGCUACGCAAUAUGUUCUAUCAGGACCUGAAGAGAAAGCCUGGGGAACGCAUUGCAGAGUUUUGUUCACGUUUUCGAGUGUUGGUUGCAGACUUGAAGACUGAAGGAGUGUUGCUCCCGUCCUCGGAGGUGGGCUGGUUCUUCAGAACAAAGUUGGGGCUCGACCCGAUACGGGUCCAAUUGCUUGACACUGCACUUGGAGGGGCUGAGGAGUAUGAGACCAUAGAGCGUGAGGUCCUCAGGCUCUUCAAGGAGUUGCAUGUUCAGGAUCCGUUGAAUCGGACUCGAGAUGUAAAGGGCUCUCCAGUGCUUCAAAGGUUUCUGAAUCAGCCGCAGCAAUCCUCUUUUAGCAGACCUUCAUCCUAUGCUCCUUCCAUGGCGUCCUCUACCAGGACAUUUCGGUCGAGUUCCUCAGCACCCUCUGGAGCACCUUCUUCCAGGUUUAGUAACUUGCGCAAGCCAAAGCAGGUUAUGGUUUCUGAGACAGACCUCAAUGCAGAGGAACCUGAAGAGGAAGAGCUUGUUGAAGAUGGGGGAGAACCUCAAAGUUUGGAGGAAGUGUUGCAAACAGAAGUUGAAGCUCUAGCCACAGAGCUUGAGGAGGCUGCAGAGCUUGGCGUGGACGAAGAUGCGUUGAAGGAGGUCGAAGAGUCCGUCGAAGCAGCUGCAGAGGCUUUGAUGACAAUGAAGGAAUCGAGACAUCGACUCCAAGAAGUUCGCAAAGACCGAGGCUAUGGAAAAGCUUCGGGUGGUGCCGACAACAAGUCAAAGAUGAACCCAAGGAAGACAUCCAAGAACCCCUGCUUCGACUGCAAUCUUCCAGGCCACUGGGCCGGAGACCCGGAGUGCAAGAAGCCGGGACAGCAGUUAGGGCGCAAAAAGCCCAAGCAGGUGCAGUUGGCUGAAGUUCUGAACACAGAACACACCAUUGAGGAGAAGCUUGAGGAGCAUUCCAACGAAGUUUUAGCAGUUUCUAGCGUCGGCACGUUGACAAAAUCCUUUGCCGUGGCGUUGGAGGAGUCUCACAAGACGCCCAAAGAGGUUCAUGCGGCGUCGAGCAAAAUGUCGCUGGACAAGCGGUUGGUUGGAGCCCUUGACAGUGCUUGCAACCGAACGUGCACCGGCAGUGAAUGGUUGGCUGGGUUUUUGUCUGGCCUUCGUGAGGCGCCUGCAGAGAUCCGCACGUUGGUGCGGCAAGAAGAGGAGCAUGAGACUUUCAGGUUUGGCAAUGGGGGCACCCAGGUGUCAUUGAGGAGAUGGCGCCUACCAUUUGUGGUGGGAGAUGUUUUGAUGUGCGUUUGGGUGUCAGUAGUUCCAGUCAAUACUCUAGGUCUUCUCCUUGGACGUGAUUUUUUGGAAGCCAUUGGAGCAAACCUAGACUUUGCCCGCAGAACUUUGACAUGUGACUGGAUCGCUUCAAAGCCUAUGACCUUGAAGCAGCUCUCUGCAGGACAUUACCUCCUGCACCUUUUGCCUCGAAGCUGGCCCAGUUUGGAUGCUCAGAGGCCCUACUUGCGAUUUCUGCCUUUGCCUUACCCUUCUACUCCCAGCAUCGACAAGUGGAAGCACCAAGCCCGCGAGCAGGUGACGGCGGGAACUUUGCCUCGUCGCUACCUCGACUUCGCCAAUCGGAACGGGCGCUUCACGAUGCAGAACGUGGGAGAAUGCAUUCACCUUCGAAGCCGCCUUGGGCUGAUGACGGCAUUCUGCGAAGAUCCUCAUCUUCAAGGUAUGGUGGCAGCUCUCCCUGUCAAGGGGCUGGCAUCCAAGAUCCAAAAACAAGUCAAGGAGGAGGCCAUGGCGUCUGCCAGCAGAGCAGAAGCAGAGGGCAGCCGCGAAGCAGAAGCCAGAUCGAUGAUCGGUCCAAAAGGAGGACUUCCAUCUCUCCGUGGCGACUUGGUGCGUCUUGCAGCACUUCUACAUGUGCCAUUGGAGGACAAGGACACCAUUGCACAGAUCAAAGAAAAGGUCAAACCAAUGGUCGCAGUGCUGAAAGAAAAGCCAGUGGUGCCUGUCGCCAAGAGCAAGGUGAGGGGAGCACGUCCGAAGUCAAGCCCAAGCAAGGCCGCAUCGUCCAAUCCGCCUCUGACCAUGCAGAAUUUGGCCGACCAACAGUUGAGGAUGGGCACGGUUUUGGAAACCAUGUCCAAAGAGCUCACCACCCUGAGACAACAGACCGGCCGUCGAGCCGCUCUUCACGACCAACAGAUGGAGGUGGACGACAAGGCAUCAGAGGGGACGUACACCAGCGAGGAGCUGAGGGCGGCGGCAGAGAGCAUGGAGGACGUGUAUGCCGAGCAGUUAGCCGCAGUGUAUGGGGAGGAGGAAGUGGAGUUCCUGACAAACGAGCAGAUAGCGAUUGUUUUGGAUCCGUGA